GUCGGUAUAACCAGGCUGUCAAAGGGCCCUGAUUAAUGUAAACAAAUAGGUAUAUUUGUACAUUGGUUGAUCACGAUUUUUUACAUUAUUUAUAGUUUCUUGUAAAUUGGUUCUUCCUCGUUAUUGAAUGAAAUGCAACUACCAGAAGAAAAAAAAAAUACUCGAAAAAUAAUUUGUUCUAAGCGUCCUCCGCGGGCACUGGUGGUUUUGGUGUGGUGUUGUACAACUGGGUUAAUUUUCCGAUUAGUCUCCGAAGCACAUGGAUUACGAAAGUUUUCAUCGUCGGAUAUGUACCGCAUGCGAGAAAAAGUUCGCCAAAUGUUUCAGCAUGCCUACGACGGCUAUCUACAAUACGCUGCCCCGUACGACGAAUUGCGUCCAUUAUCAUGCGAUGGUAUCGACACUUGGGGUAGUUAUUCAUUGACAUUGAUCGAUGCUCUGGAUACAUUAGCAGUCAUGGGUAAUUACACAGAAUUUGGACGCGUGGUACAGAUGCUGCAAGGUCGAUCAUUUGAUGCAGAUAUUAACGUUUCGGUAUUCGAGACCAAUAUUCGUAUUAUUGGGGGUCUGCUUUCUGCCCACCUGCUUUCUAAUCACGCCGAUUUAAAAUCAAUGGGGCUCGUAGAACCUGGAUGGCCUUGCCAAGGACCUCUCCUAGACAUCGCUGAGGAAGUUGCACAACGUUUGCUUCCUGCAUUUGAUACCGCUACUGGUAUGCCGUAUGGGACAGUAAAUCUACGACACGGUGUACCGUAUGGAGAAACAACCGUUACAUGCACAGCCGGCAUCGGAACAUUUAUACUGGAAUUUGGAACCCUCAGCAGACUUACGGGGAAUCCUGUCUAUGAAGACGUGGCUAUGAAUGCUUUGUCUGCAUUGUACAAACACCGAUCACCGAUAGGACUAUACGGAAAUCAUAUCGAUGUACAAACAGGUCGGUGGAUAGCACAGGAUGCAGGUAUUGGAGCUGGAGUGGACUCUUAUUUCGAAUAUUUGGUCAAGGGCUCAAUUUUAUUGGAAAACCCUGCUUUGAUGGCGACUUUUUUCGAAAGUAAGGCAUCGAUUGAUCGUUACCUUAAACGAGAGGAUUGGUAUGUUUGGGUGAGUAUGAGCAAAGGUCAGCUCACCUUACCUGUGUUUCAAUCGCUAGAGGCAUACUGGCCAGGCUUAUUGACUUUGUAUGGCAAUACUAAGGAAGCCCUAAAGGUACUACACAACUACCAAACUGUGUGGCGGCAGUAUGGGUUUCUUCCAGAGUUUUACAAUAUUCCUACAGGAGAAGCAGGUGCAAAUCGGGAAAAUUAUCCUUUGCGACCAGAGUUAAUCGAAUCUGUUAUGUAUCUUUAUCGCGCAACAAGCGAUCCAUUUUUACUACAGGUAGGUGAAAAUAUACUGGAAAGUAUAGAGCAUAGUGCGAAGACGCCUUGCGGCUAUGCGACUAUACGGAACGUUCUGACCCAUCAACAGGAGGAUCGAAUGGAAUCGUUCUUUUUAGCAGAAACCACAAAAUAUCUUUACCUACUAUUCGAUCCGAAUAAUGUUUUGCAUAAUGAUGGAAGCAUUGGUAAUGUCGUAAAAACAAUAUUGAACGAUGGCGUCACAAAGGAACACAAAUGUGUGGUAGGUGCCGGGGGAUACAUUUUCAACACGGAAGCCCAUCCAAUGGAUCCUACUGCCCUUCGCUGUUGUGAAGCAAGACAUAUCAAUAUUUUUGCUAACGCGCUUGUCGAAAAUCAAAUGAAUAAAAAAGAACGUAGAGGUAAACUGCUUUUUGCAAAAGGUCAACAAUACUUGUCCAACACAAAGAAUAGACAAGAUAAAAAAAAUGAAUGGAUGAUUACAGAACCUAAAGAGCCACCUAAAAUGACUGAUGUUAAGAUUGAAUUAAAAGGCGGAGAAAAGAUGGCUACCACAAAAUUACCUAUCAACACGAUAAAUCGAGAAAUAGAGGAAACUGAGAGCGUUUCGAGAGGAAUUAAAACAAAAAAUAUGUACUCAAGCGAAUCUAUAUCAAAAACGAAUCAUAUGAAGUCAAUCAAAGAACAAUUUUCACAGUCAUUCAAAGACGAAAUCAAUCAUGCAACCGCUUUUUCGCUUUUGCCUGUGGAUAAAGCUACAACGAACGCUGCCUCUUCGAAUAAAGCGAAGAGCAGCAGUACAAAAAAAGUGUCGGAAAUAUUGUUGAUGAAAAAAUCGGAGGAAGAAUUUACACCUGUAACAGUACAAUCUUAUAGUACCACAGGAUACUCCGCUUCAACUAAAGACAAGAAUGGAAACGAGGAGGACACACCGAUGGCAACGAUGCUUAAACUUGUACAAAGCAUGUUUCAUACCACUGCCAACCUUGCCCAAAAGCGAUCUGUAUUCGACCUUGAAAAUUUCUAUCAACAAGUAGUGAAUAAUCGCUUAUUGAAUGAUGAAAGUGCAAAUUUUAACAUUUCGGGGAUGUCUUCACCAUCUUAUAACAAAGAGAAAAUACUUAACGGAUUGCUCACGUGUCGAUCACAACCCUUUCUACAAAGGCUCACUCUCAUCGGAGAAUUCUAUUGAAGGGUAUUGCACACCCUGCGAAGAUAAGAUAUAAUACGGGAAUAAAAAUAAAGUAAUACGGGAGGUCCCCGAGAAAACUGUUAACGGGGACCGAAAACGGCCGCAAAA